AUGAACACUAAUAAUAAAAAUGAUUUUAAAAGUGUGUAUGUUAGUUCAAGGGCAAGAGAUAAUAUAUUGAAAUAUAAAUAUACAGGAUGUGAUUCCUCAUUUAUUUCUAUUCAUAUUAUGAAUCAUUUUUGGAAUUGGUUUGUAAAUUUAUUCCCAAGAUCAUUUGCACCAAAUUUAAUUACAUUAUUUGGAUUCAUUUCAAUUAUAGUUAGUUAUUUUGUAACAUUAUAUUAUAUGGAUAGAAUGAAUGGAGUAGCACCAAAAUGGUUAUAUUUAUUUAAUGCACUUUGUAUAUUCAUUUAUCAAACAAUGGAUGCAUGUGAUGGUAAACAAGCACGUAGAGUCCAAGCAUCGUCUGGAUUGGGUGAACUAUUUGAUCAUGGUUGUGAUGCAAUGAUCACCUAUUUAGUGAUGCAAACUUUUCAAUCAUCUCUUCAAGUUGGUGUUAAUCAAAUAUCAUUUUUUACAACUCUUUGGAUCAUGUAUGUAUUUUUCAUGGCUCAAUUGGAACAAUACUCAACCGGCGUUAUGAAUUUAGGUCAUUUCGGUCCGACUGAAUCUCAAUUCUCAAUGAUGGCUGGUCAUAUCUUUACCUUUUUCUAUGGUGAACAAUUUUGGUUCAAUACAAUUAAAUUUGAAAGUUUUGAAAUUCAAUAUAAUCAUUUAGUUUUAUUAGUUGUAAUUUUAGGUGGUGUUGGUACAAUUUUAUUAAAUACUUUCUCAAUUUUAAAAAAUGGUAAUGAAUCAAUUUUAACAAACAUUAUUAAUUUAGUACCAAUUUCAAUAUUGUUAGGAGUUUCAAUUUAUUGGGGCAAAUAUUCAACUGUAAAUAUUUUUGAAACUGCACCACAUUAUUUCAUGGGUAUUUUUGGAAUUUUAUUUGCUUUAGUAACUGGUAAAUUGAUUUUAGCUAGAAUUUGUAUGGAUAAAUUAUCACCAAUUCAAUUAAUUAUGUUACCAUUAAUUGCUGUUAUUUUAAAUAUUUAUAAAUUUAAUGGUGAAUUAUUUGAUGAAAUUUUAUUCACCAAAGUUUAUUUCUUUGUUGUAUUUAUUGUAUAUAUUCAUUUCGCUUAUGAUGUUGUAACAUCACUAACUAAAGUUUUAGACAUUUAUUGCUUUACAUUAAAAAAUAAAAAACAAACAUAA